GUAAAUGUCUAGGUUGUGGAUUCACUCCAAGAACUGUGCAAAAUGCACCUCAGGCAGAAAAUGCUACUCCAGAGCAAAAUCCAGUAUCGACCCUGGAAGGUGAUCUCAUAUCAUUUGAUAAAAAUCCACCAACGCACCAUCCAAGAGAGGCAAGAGAACUGGCUGUCGACCCAGAGAUAAGAUUUACUACAAAUGAACAGGAGAAGGCUUGGAUAGAUUUAGUAUCAACAGGCACUCUAAUAUUUGCAGAAAAAUAUAAAGGAGAAGCUAUUCAAUAUGAUGUAAAUUCGAUGUAUAUAUAUGAAAUGUUAAAGAAAGAAGCAUCAUGGCCUGUUGCAUUAGCAACAAUAGAAGGAAAUCCGCCAAAGAAAAGUCUUCAAUGUACAAGAUAUUUGCAAUAUAAUCCACAUGGGAUUUACACACAUUAUGAUUUAGAGAGUGCUAAAAGAAAUGGUUUAAAAGUAUAUUUGAUAAAUGAAUCACCAAAUGCACUUAUUUAUGAAAGAAAUGUAUGUAUAACAGGAAAAAACAUGUUUGAAGAAUGGGGAAAUAUAUUAUAUAAUAUUAAAAAAGAAGGCGGAAUAGCUGGAAAAGUAAGUAAAGCAUUAUUAGUUUCAUUAUGGGGUGUCUUAUGUGAGCAAAGGAAUGGGCAAAACUAUGGAACACACCCAAGAAUAAAAUCCUUUUUAUUAGCUUCAACUAGAAAAACAAUUUUUGAAAUUGUAAAACCUUUAGGAGAUCAAGUAAAACGAAUUCAUACAGAUGGAUUUAUAGUAGUUGGACGAGUGAAUCUCAAAACAGGUAAAGAAAUAGCAUUAUUAAGAUAUCGGGAUAAAUUAGAACUUAUAAAUACUCAAGAAGCUUUACAAAAUUCACAAAUAUGGAAUUCUAAUGUUAUAAUAUCUGAAAAUGAAUCUGAUGAAAAUUCACAAGACAGUAAUAUAUCAGAAGAAAUGUCAACAAUAGUCAA